AUGCUCCCCACUGAACUGUGUAACCUCGUCAUCGACCAUUUCCAUGACACCAAGCCAUCCCUCUUAACAUGCUCCCUCGUCCGCCGCGUAUGGGACUCCGAAAGUCAUUUUCAUCUCUUCCACAAGGUCCAGCUCUGUCGCGACACAGCUGAUUCGUUCUUCCAGCUGUUCGAGAGCCCCCAUGCUACCCUCGCUUCAGCCCAUAUACGGGAGCUUGAUGUCGCGCAGAAUUCCGUCACUAAAGGUGGAAGUGUCGCAGGCGAUCUGCUUGAUGGUCGGGCGUUCCAGGGAGUCUUGACUCGAUGUCCUGCAGAUGUCUUUGAGCACGUGCAGAAGUUGUCGGUGACCUGCGUUGGCCGGUGGACACUCACCGAUGCAGAGAAACUGAGUAUUGGACAUCGAUUCAAGAGCGCUGAAGUCUUGUCCUUGCGGGCGAUAUGGUUCCGGGCCAAGGAUUCGGAGGAAGAUCACUCAGACGCCAAGCACACACUAUCAGCCAACUUACAUACCAUCUCGCUCAACGACGUGACCAACCCUCGUAUUAUACGCUUUCUGAUCCCAUGUCUGUCUCUCCGAGUAUUCAAAUGUCACUGUGUAAAUUUUGGUAACUUUGGGCCGAAAGUGGCUAAAGAGUUUGGACGGCUUUUGUUAUCUUCUGGCGAGCGCUUGGAGGAAUUCGGGUUCACCAUCCAGGCUGCAGCGUCCCUUAACGACGGUGUUGACCUUGACAUCGACCUCUCCCGACUUUCCAAUCUUCGGCAGAUCGCACUAUGGAUUGAAGACAACCAGUACCUCAUUCCAUUCCUCAAACGGCUCACCGAGUCCGACUGGUCGAUUGCAACGCUAGAGACGCUGGGCAUCUCCUAUCUCUCCGAGCAUGAUCUGGAUUCGGAAAAGCUCGAUGAGAUCGUCCAGUAUUCCUACUUCUGUGAGCUCAAAGAGAUCGAAAUCUCCGUCAAGGUGUAUUAUGGUCUUGAAUAUAUUGCGAAAAAGCGUGUACGAUACGAGAGGCCCAAUGAUGGAUCCAAAUCCCAUAUUGAGAUGGUGCACAGUAUCACAAGGUUCAUGGAGAAGUUGUCAAGUUGCCAGGCAAGGGGAAUACUACGCCCAGCGGACGACUAUUGGAUUUUUGAUAAUUCAACGUUGUAUGGGCAAGUCGACCGGCAGACGAGGAGAGGGCGGUUUUUGAGGAGGAUUAGUGUUGUCGAUUUCCUGGCCGUUGUUUCUUUUCUGUUCAGCGAGCUCGCAAUUCUAGUACUCCUUCUGGCUGUUAAACAUUUUGAUGUCCUAGUCAAAAGCUUGUUUCUUAUAGUGGUAUAG